UUUUUUUUUUUUUUGAUUUUUUUUUUUUUAAUUAACUUGAGUAUUUCUUAUUUACAUUUCGAGUGUUAUUCCCUUUCCCGGUUUCGGGGCAAACAUCCCCCUAUCCCUCCCCCCCCCUUCUUUAUGGGUUUUCCCCUCCCCAUCCUCCCCCCAUUGCUGCCCUCCCCCCAACAGUCUAGUUCACUGGGGGUUCAGUCUUAGCAGGACCCAGGGCUUCCCCUUCCACUGGUGCUCUUACUAGGAUAUUCAUUUCUACCUAUGAGGUCAGAGUCCACGGUCAGUCCAUGUAUAGACUUUAGGUAGUGGCUUAGUCCCUGGAAGCUCUGGUUGCUUGGCAUUGUUGUACAUAUGGGGUCUCGAGCCCCUUCAAGCUCUUCCAGUUCUUUCUCUGAUUCCUUCAACGGGGGUCCCGUUCUCAGUUCAGUGGUUUGCUGCUGGCAUUCGCCUCUGUAUUUGUUGUAUUCUGGCUGUGUCUCUCAGGAGCGAUCUACAUCCGGCUCCUGUCGGUCUGCACUUCUUUGCUUCAUCCAUCUUGUCUAUAUGGGUGGCUGUAUAUAUAUGGGCCACAUGUGGGACAGGCUCUGAAUGGGUGUUCCUUCAGUCUCUGUUUUAAUCUUUGCCUCUCUCUUCCCUGCCAAGGGUAUUCUUGUUCCCCUUUUAAAGAAGGAGUGAAGCAUUCACAUUUUGAUCAUCCGUCUUGAGUUUCAUUUGUUCUAGGCAUCUAGGGUAAUUCAAGCAUUUGAGAUAAUAGCCACUUAUCAAUGAGUGCAUACCAUGUGUGUUUUUCUGUGAUUGGGUUACCUCAGUCAGGAUGAUAUUUUCCAGUUCCAACCAUUUGCCUACGAAUUUCAUAAAGUCAUUGUUUUUGAUAGCUGAGUAAUAUUCCAUUGUGUAGAUGUACCACAUUUUCUGUAUCCAUUCCUCUGUUGACGGGCAUCUGGGUUCUUUCCAGCUUCUGGCUAUUAUAAAUAAGGCUGCUAUGAACAUAGUGGAGCACGUGUCUUUUUUAUAUGUUGGGGCAUCUUUUGGGUAUAUGCCCAAGAGAGGUAUAGCUGGAUCCUCAGGCAGUUCAAUGUCCAAUUUUCUGAGGAACCUCCAGACUGAUUUCCAGAAUGGUUGUAGUCUGGUGUAAUUCUUAUAGGUCUGCCAUUAUAUGUUAUUUGACCCUUUUUUCUUACUGCUUUUAAUAAUCUUUCUUUGUUUUGUGCAUUUGUUGUUUUGACUAUUAUGUGAUGGGAGGAAUUUCUUUUCUGGUCCAAUCUCUUUGGAGUUCUGUAGGCUUCUUGUAUGUUCAUGGCCAUCUCUUUCUUUAGGUUAGGGAAGUUUUCUUGUAUAAUUUUGUUGAAGAUAUUUACUGGCCCUUUAAGUUGGGAAUCUUUGUUUUCUUUUAUACCUGCUAUCCUUAGCUUUGGUCUUCUCACUGUGUCCUGGACUUCCUGGGUGUUUGGGGUUAGGAGCUUGUCCAUUCUUUCAUUUUCUUUGAUGGUCAUGUCAGUGUUUUCUAUUUUAUCUUCUGCCCCCAAGAUUCUCUUCUUCAACCUCUUGUCUUCUGUUUGUGAUGCUUUUGUUUAUGACUCUUGAUCUCUUUCCUAGGUUUUCUAUCUCCAGGGUUGUCUUCCUUUGUGAUUUCUUUAUUGUAUCCAUUUCCAUUUUUAGAUCCUGGAAAUCUAAAAAUUUGUUAGGUUUUUUUUUUUUUUCUGUAACUCUUUAAGAGAUUUUUAUCUUUCCUCUUUAAGGGCUUCUGCUUGUUUCCCUGUGCUCUCCUGUAUUUCUUUAAGGGAGUUAUUUAUGUCCUUCUUAAAGUCCUCUAUCAUCAUCAUGAGAUGGGAUUUUAAAUCCAAAUCUUGCUUUUCCGGUGUGUUGGGGUAUCCAGUAUUUGCUAUGUGGGAGAAUUGGGUUCUGAUGGUGCCAAGUAGUCUUGGUUUCUGUUGCUUAGGUUCUUGUACUUGCUUCUCGCCAUCAGGUUAUCUUUUAUGUUAGUUGGUCUUGCUGACUCUGACUGGAGCUUGUCCCUCCUAUGGGCCUGUGAGUCUGUGAGCCUGUGAUCUUAGGAAUGAGAACACUCCUGGGAGACCAGCUCUGUGUGGGCAGGUUUUGGGUCUGAAGGACUGUGGGCCUGCCCUAGCUCUGCACACAGAUGGAGGCCAGAAGUGUCCUGUCCUAGGCCACCCUGAAGCUCCCGAGGGUGCUCCCAGUGGGUCUUUUCUUGGACAACCAGUAGAAAGAAAGUGGGGUCCCACCUGUGGGCUUAGGAGUGAGAGCUCUCCUGGCAGAUCAGCUCUCUGCGGGCAGAUUUUGGGUCUGAAGGACUGUGGGAGAGCUUUAAGUCCGGGCUCAGAUGGAGACUGCAAGUGCAAAUUGCAUUCUUGAUGCUCACAUUCUAAUGCUUAAUAGUCUACACGGGAAUUAAAAAAUAUGUUAUCUGUAGCUGAACCAAUUCAUACUUAUCCCUGUCUAACUUAUGAAUGAAUGCGACUUAGACUAUAGUUAUUUCAUUUGGUUUUGACAAUUACUAGGGGGUAACCCCUAAGCUACUUUUCUAACUGCUGGCCUGGCUCUCUCCCCAGCGGUGUACCCCAAAUACUUGAUGUUUCUCCUGGCCAUGGGCUCAUGGUCCAUCUCCUCUCAUGGUGGCUUCCCCUUCUCUCUGUGCUCUCUGUGUCCUUUUCUCUCCCUCUCUUUAUGCAACCCCCAAGCAGGUAACUCAAAACCCACCUACCUCUAGUCCCUCCAGUAAUUGGCUGUAACCAUUUUUAACUUAGCCAGUAGUGUUAAAUUAAGGAGCAAGGUUUGCACAACAAAAGCUGGUAAACGUGAGAAUUCACUCAUAGGCAACCAGACCUUCCUGGUGCAGAACUUAGCCUUAUUAUAGUUCACAGCAGUAGACCAGACCUCAACACCUGUGAGCAUCAGUGGCUCCCUCCCCGACAUGUUCAGUUUGGGUAUAAAUGGAGAAACCAGGCCACCAUGGAAGCCAUGGCUUCACCUGUCAUUCCUUCCUUCUUCCCAUCUCCCUCCCACCCUCCCACGUGAGUGUCUGUGUGUGUGUGUGUGUGUGUGUUUGUGUGUGUGUGUAUGUGUGGGCAUGCAUGCACACACAUGUGCCAUGGUGUGUAUAUGGAAGUCAGAGGACAAUAUAUGAGACUUGGUUCUCUCUCUCCUUCACCCGUGUGGAUGCAGGGGGUCAGAGUUAGGUGGUUAAAACAUGGUGGCAAAUGCUUUGACUUGCUGAGUCCUCUUUUUUAUUUCUCGUGUCUGCUAAGUUAAAAAUGUAUUUUAGGUCUAAUCACUACUCCUCUUUCAACCCAGUUACGUCUGGUACGCCUGUAUAUUUUUCUUGCCUUGCAAUCAGCCAUCUUCUCUCACAGUUAACAUCUUAAUUUCCCGCAGCUUUGACUGUUAAAGGAACAGAUAGUUUUUGGAUCUCAGCUAAAUAUGGAAGCUUUACAGCCCAAAUUAAGCCUAGUCACAAAACAAAUGAAUGAGUAUAACGGAGUUAUCCUCAAGUAGGUGACUUAGGGACUCAGGUCUGUGUCUGGAGCAACAGUAAGCUAUGGUUGACUGUUGCCGAGAGUCUGAGGCGAGAUAGGCUUGGGGUUCAGUCCCAGCUGUGUGGGGUUACUUCUUCCCUGUGACUCUGCUUUCUGAUUUCUAUAUCUAGAGUAGUAACAUCUACCAGAGCUGAGCUCGCUAAAAAUACUCUCCUUCACUUAGAUUUUUCUGUCUAUUUCUUAUUUUGUGGUCUCAUGACUCAAGACUUACCUAAAUCUUUCUUUGAUAGGAGGACCCUCUCCAUAUUUGAAAUGCCAGUUUCCUUAACUGUGUGAGGCCUUGUGUGUUCUGUACUAGGGAAGCAGCGUGGUAUCAUCUAUUCUGAAGCAUGCUGCUUGAAUUGACUCUCAGCUAGGCCACUUAAUUACUUAGGAGAGUUGCUUAACUCCUUGGGUCUUAAUUUCCUUAUUUGUAAAAGAAGACACCAAUAACACUUACUGUACGGAGGGGCUGCAGUAAAGACAUUAAUGCUUAUACAGCUUGCUGUGCACACAAGGCGUAAAGCACCUGGGUGGGUCAGAGAGAAUACCAUAUGUUCUUGUAGUCUCGUUUUCCUCUAAUGGCCGUACAACAGCCACGUUUUCCUGGUUUCCUUGCCGUUGAUAUCAGGGCCAUGCACCUGUUCUGUCUGGGACUGUAAGUGAAGGUAAGGAGAGGAGGGGUGUUAUUUACGGACAGAUCCCUGAUUAGUUGUGGAGAGCGCAUACUGAGAUGUAGACUCACUGGGUUGUAGAUUGACUGGAUUCUUGAGGAGCUGUGUGGGCAUGGAGGGCAUGAAGCCUGCCAAGUGGUUGUAUCUGGCAGUGCCGGGAGGAAGGUGUAUGUAAGGCAGACAUCUAGAUUAAUGACAGGUACAGCCAGGAGGAGACCGAGAACUGGACUUGCUUUUGGUGUGAGAAUUUUGGCAUACUUAAGAUAGGUGCUGAGAGGGCAUACGAUUCUAAGACUUCAGUAUAGCAGAGUAGGAGGUAGGCAGGUCCUGGCUCCUCCUUGAACACAGUCAGGUGAUCCUUGAGGACCAUUCCUGGCUAGUGACAGAUGCUGUUACUGUCUCAGGGUCCCUGCCCGCCCUUAAUGGACACAUGCAAUUAAUAUGUGCUUUCUAUUCUUAGAAUACAAAUUCUCAAGUAUUUGCUAAGCACAGGACAGGGAAAUCUGACUUCUGAACAUGUUCCUAGUGUUGUUUUUCUCUUUUUAUCUUAGUACAAGUAGAAUUACUUUUUUUUUUUUUCCAGAGCUGAGGACUGAACCCAGGGCCUUGCGCUUGCUAGGCAAGCGCUCUACCACUGAGCUAAAUCCCCAACCCCAUUUUUCUCUUUUUAAACUUUAAUGAUUCACACACUUCUCAGACUGACACACUAUGACCCUGAGUAAGGAAAUACUGGGCUGGAGAGAUGGCUCAGUGGUUAAAAGCACUGACUGCUCUUCCAGAGGUCCUGAGUUCAAUUCCCAGCACCCACAUGGCAACUCACAACUGGUUGUAACUCUAGUUCCAGGGGACUCAACACCUUCAUACAGACAUACAUGCAGGCAAAAACACCACUACAUAUAAAAUAAAAUAAAUAACUUUAAAAAUAAAAUAAAGUCUAAGAAAAAAUGUAAGCCAAGUAUUACGGCAACUGACUGACUUAGAAAUUGACGCCAGGCCAGCUUCAUGUAUAAAUCAGGCAAAUAUGUCAAAAAAGAACAUAAGUGAUCACAGUGGCCACAUUUCUUUUUUUUUUUUUUUUCGGAGCUGGGGACCGAACCCAGGGCCUUGCGCUUCCUAGGUAAGCGCUCUACCACUAAGCUAAAUCCCCAGCCCCAGUGGCCACAUUUCUUGUGUGUCAUCUGUCCAUGCUCCUAUAAUGGCUGUUUUAAAGAAAAUGCUGCUAUAGGACCAUUCUCCGAGUUUUCCUGGAAUGAUGAAUACCGCGUGCAAUUCUACAUCAGAGAAGCAGAUAAAAUUCAGUGUUUGUCUCUUCCUCCAGAGAAUGGACACAGGAAGCCUGCCUCUUAGAGUACUCCUCAUUGUCUGUGCUGAUUGUGACAGGUAAUUUCUGAUACUGAACUUGGAGUGUUGCCUUGCGCAGGGCUCGGGAGGAAACAGAGCCUCCCAGGAUUUUCAUGUCUCUUGUACAGAGGCACAUUAACAGCCUAGUUGGAGAUUAUAUUAGAAAUGAUGCAGGAGCAGAGCUUUGGGGAAGAAGGGUUACAUAUAAUUACCUAUACUCGGGUCUCACGGUAUUCACUGACCUCAUACUUGUAUGAAAAGUUACUUUCUAUCUCUAGUCUCUGGUGGCAGGAGAAAGGAUCCUUCCUUCUUCAGUGACAUGGGACAUAAGGCAUCCAUUCUAGCUGCAGGGCAGGGCAGCCUGGUGCUUGCCUCUUUUGUGGUAAUAGGGGACAGGAGAAAGGGGGGUCCUGGGCAUGUGAUGAUAAUAGUUUGGGGUCAUGCCUUUGUUAUUUUAUCAGAAAGAAUAGGCACAAUACUAUUAAAACAGUCAGAAAAGAUAGUUUCAAGGUUUAAGCCAGUUGCCAGACUCAAGCUUUUUUUGAGUCUGGAUUUCUCUACAAAGCCAAGACUGGCUGGCCUUGAACUCUUGACCCUUCUGCUUCAGCCUCCCAAGUGCUAGAAUUUCAGGUGUUCAUUAUCACACCUAUUUAUUUAUUUAAAACGCAUGUGAGUACACUGCCACUGUCUUCAGACACACCAGAAGAGGGCCUCAGAUCCCAUUACAGAUGAUUGUGAGCUACCAUGUGGUUGCUGGGAAUUGAACUCCGGGCCUCUGGGAGAGCAGUCAGUGCUCUUAACCUCUGAGCCAUAUCUCCAGCCCCACAAAAUAAUUUUUAAAAAGACUUAUUUUUUAUUUUAUUUUUAUGUAUUUUGUGUGCGUUUUGCCUGCAUGUAACUGUGUACAGGGAAGUGCCAGUGGAGGCCAGACCUGGAGUUAGGUAAAGUUGUGGGUCACCAUGGGUUCUGGGAACUGAACCCAGUCCCCCUGGAAGAGCAACAAGUACUUUCUGUUAACUGCUGAGCCCUCUCUCCAGCCCCUGACAAGCUCAUUUCAAAGAAAAAAAAAAUGGAAUUCUUUUGAGAGAUUGAAGCAAUGGUUAUUAGAAUGGUGAACUGAAGUUUGGCACUCUAGUUUUGUGUGUGUAUAAAGCAUGGAUUAGCAGUGUUUUAAAUACUUUUUUUUUGUUGUGACACUCAAGUUCCUUCCAGAAUUCCAUAUUUCAUAGGUCAGACACAUUUCUGAGAUGCUGGGACAGGCUUGUGGAAAUCUAUGCACUGUAGUAUAAGCUGAUAACUUCCCAUGAGCAUUUAGCUUUGUUUUUCUAUUAAACAGAGCUCUUUCAUUUGCAACGUAACCUACAUAGACGAAUAAAUUCACUUUUAAAGAGAGAUAACUAUUGAAGGAAAUAGAAAGGCAGAGUAAUAUUUAGAGUUAUGUUUGGCAUUGGGAACAAAUGAUUUAAUUUUGAUCUUCCAAGGCAGAGUUUCUUCAAUAAGAGGCGAUGGGGGAGAAUUUCUUUUCUGUGGAACUUAAUCUGUAGCCAUCUGCUGCUGGAUCUCAUUAAGUUCUUCACGUAAUUAGAGUAAUUAGGAUGAGGCUUGUGCCAUACAUUGGUCUUAGAAAAGGGGGUUGAGCUAUUUCAAGGCUUGCUUUGAGACACCGGAGAUUAAUGGCCUAAUCUCUGAGGUAAACUGAUAGAAAUGUAGAAAAGCAUGUAAGUCCAGAAAGGAAAGGUAAUUAUGGUUGUUAUGUAAUGCAAAUCUUUUUAAUCAUGAUAGUAACUCUGUGUUUUGGAACAUACAUUUCAGUGAGCUUGACUCUAAAGGACAUAGAGAAAAAUAUCUGGCGAAGGAAAGAGAAAGAAAAUGGCAGUUGUGGUGUAGCAGUGUUCAUGGUGCAAACCUGGUUUCAGAUUAGACCCCUCCCAGAUUAAAAAAAAAAAAACAGCAAAGGGAGAAAUCAAAGGAAAUGGCAAAAUUAAAGGUGUGCAGAACUUUCUGGGGAAGGCAGUCAUGUGGUUUUCACGGUGAAGAGGGAACAAGAUCAGGUCCUGAAGUCACCCAUGUGUGCAAGCUCUGUGGGGUCCUCAGGCUAGAUUAUAAAACCGCUGCAAGGUCCUCCAAGAUACUGGGACCUGUCCACAUCCUGGGAGGGGCUUACCAUGAGGAUUGACAGGUCUUCCUUCCUCUGACCUCACUUCAUCAUAGCCACCCGUAUGUCAGUGGUCACCCUCAUUGUGAGUAUUGAACCACUGUGCUGUUUGUCUCCAGCUCAGUCUCCCUUGGCCAUCAAAUGCGCUUGCGAGGAAUCCCACUCUCCUUGUGUCUGUCACCCACAUGCUCUCAUUGAAGGAUUGUUUAUCCCCAGUGCCAGGCCUUUGCUUGACAUUAAGAUGACCUGGAAAGGGGUUGGGGAUUUAGCUCAGUGGUAGAGCGCUUGCCUAGCAAGCUCAAGGCCCUGGGUUCAGUCCCCAGCUCCGAAAAAAAGAAAAAAGAAAAAAAAAAAAAAGAUGACCUGGAAGGAGUCCAACCCACUUUAUCUCCUACAGAGAAUGAGACCUCUUUCCAGCUAGUCUAGCGACCCCUGUCUUCCAAACAUACCUUGUUUAGUCUUGUUUCUCUACGUAUGCCAUUAAUCUCACCUCCCCCACGUUGCCCAUGAUUCUCAGCGUUCUGUAUCUUUUGUGGUCCAGCUUAGCAUCACAGUAGCAAUUGUGCCUAUCUCUUAUCAUCCCUCACGGCUUUAUUUAAUGGUCUUUCAGGACACCGCAGGAUUGCUGGCAGUAGGCUCAGUGCUAGGGAUUGAAGCACCGGUCUGUGGAGACAGGAGCCCUGGAGGCCAAGAUGGCCUGCUUCGCUUUGAAUGUCAAGUUGCUGUGGCACCAGGGUUUUGGGAACUGAGACAAGUCAGUUAAAGAAAUGAGUGGGGUCUUUAUUUCACCCCCUCUGUUUCAUCUUCUGUCAAAGCCAUGGUGUCACCAAUUCCAAGGCACCAAAUUCCUGACUCAGGCUCUUGACAGAGAAAGCCAGUUUGUUUUUUUUCCCCCCUUUUUGCUCGUUUUUCGGGAAAUUAUCCUGAAUGUGUUGAAUGCCUUUCUCCGCUGGGCGGGUGCCCAGGCCUUAUACACAGAACGGUUAAUUCUGGGCUGGCCAUGCCCUGCUCUAUUCAGAUCAGGACUCAUUUAUGUGUGCCAGGCCACUGCUGGGGUUGGCAUAUGUUGGUGGGCAGGAGAGAGGCCUGGCCCCUCUCUCCGCAUGUGACAAGCUCUGUUCCCUGCUGGGAGGGGCAGUGGCUGAGGGAGAGAUGGCUCAGUGUGAGAGGAACAGAGAGAACAUGGGAUGAGAGACAGGGAACAAGCAGCCACAACAGAAAUAAAAAGAUGCGUUACAAAUAGAGGGAACUGAAGUCCACAUUGCCGGUGGAAAGGGCCAGGUGUGGCAGCAUCUCUGGAAGUGUCCGAGAGCCCAGGCAGUGUCCAGGUGGCUCGGGGUCAGACAGCAGUCCUGCCCUGCGCCUUCUCCACCAGUGCUGCUCUCCUGAACCUCAAUGUCAUUUGGAUGGUCAUUCCCCUCUCCAAUGCAAACCAGCCCGAACAGGUCAUUCUCUAUCAGGGCGGACAGAUGUUUGAUGGUGCCCUCCGGUUCCAUGGGAGGGUAGGAUUUACAGGCACCAUGCCUGCUACCAAUGUCUCCAUCUUCAUCAAUAACACACAGCUGUCAGAUACGGGCACCUACCAGUGCUUGGUGAAUAACCUUCCAGACAGAGGGGGCAGAAACAUUGGGGUCACUGGCCUCACGGUGUUAGUCCCCCCUUCUGCUCCAAACUGCCAAAUCCAAGGAUCUCAGGACAUCGGCAGUGACGUCAUCCUUCUGUGUAGUUCGGAGGAAGGCAUCCCUCGGCCCACUUACCUUUGGGAGAAGUUAGAUAAUACACUCAAGCUACCUCCAACAGCCACUCAGGACCAGGUCCAGGGGACAGUCACCAUCCGGAAUAUUAGUGCCCUCUCUUCCGGUCUUUACCAGUGUGUGGCUUCCAACGCCAUCGGGACCAGCACCUGUCUCCUGGAUCUCCAGGUUAUCUCGCCCCAGCCCCGGAGCGUUGGAGUGAUAGCCGGAGCUGUUGGCACUGGUGCUGUCCUCAUCGUCAUCUGCCUUGCACUAACUUCAGGGGCAUUCUUUUACUGGAGAAGCAAAAAUAAAGAGGAGGAGGAGGAGGAAAUUCCUAAUGAAAUCAGAGAGGAUGAUCUUCCACCUAAAUGCUCUUCUGCCAAAGCAUUCCACACAGAGAUAUCCUCCUCAGAAAAUAACACAUUGACCUCUUCUAAUACCUACAACAGUCGAUACUGGAACAACAAUCCCAAACCCCAUAAAAACACAGAGUCGUUCAACCACUUCAGUGACUUACGCCAGUCUUUCUCUGGCAAUGCUGUUAUCCCGUCCAUCUAUGCAAAUGGAAACCAUCUGGUUUUGGGUCCACAUAAGACUCUGGUAGUUACAGCCAACAGAGGGUCAUCGCCCCAGGUCAUGCCCAGGAACAAUGGUUCAGUCAGCAGGAAGCCUUGGUCUCAACACACACAUUCCUACACUGUAAGCCAAAUGACCCUGGAGCGAAUCGGUGCAGUGCCUGUCAUGGUGCCCGCCCAGAGUCGGGCGGGGUCCCUGGUAUAGGGUGACUGGGGACGCUGUGUUCAGAAGAGAACAAACGGACUUCCUUCAGGCAAGGGGGAGAGUGGGAUGGGCGAGCGCUGGAAAGCGUACACUUUUGUUACGAUUGAUUCCCUUAGUAUAAAGCACAAAGAAGAAGGCCGCGCUGCUGUUCCCUGCCGCUGCAGUGUGUGAAGUGGCCUGGGGUUAUUCCAUCGUGAAGACUCAAGAAGACUGUUUCCCACCACAGUUGUCCUGAGAUUCAGUUUAAAAACAAAGCAUGCUGCAUCUCAAAAGCCGAGCCGAGCCAAGGAGAGUGCUAGAAGCAGAGGAGCGCUUACCACCCAAACCCAGGUCCGGCUGGACCCGCUCUUCAGUUCUUGCCUAACUCGAUCAUUUUCCGGACCCUUAAAGUGCCAGGUGGAAUUUACAUAACGAAAUUAUUUUUAAAAAAUAUAUGCCCUCAGGGGAAAGAAAAUAGGAGCAAGCUCGUGGUAUGGUCUGCCUCUCUCAUUUCCUUUGAUGGUACCAGCGACCCGGCAUUCCAUCUGGGCUGACUUUAUCAUAGAGGCAAAAUGGUUCAGAACACCUGCAACAUACACACGCACACGCACACGCACGCACACGCGCGCGCGCGCACACACACACGCACACACGCGCGCGCACACGUAUACACAUACACACGCACGCACACACGCACACAUACACACGCACACACACGCACACACAUACACGCGCGCACACACAUACACACACGCGCGCGCACACACAUACACACACGCGCGCGCACACACGCACACACAUGCACAUACACGGGUGCACACACGCACGAACACACGCAUGAACACACGCGCACUCACGCACACACACUCACGAACACGCACUUAUUUAUUUACCUCCUCCUGAACCAUGAAGUUUGUAUUGGGAACUUUGCUAUAUUGACAGAAUCUUGUCUGUUACACUCUGGGAUCUCUUACAGGUCCACGGCAAUUUCUGUUCUUGAUUUCCUGGGGAAAAAAAAUAUUUUUUUAAAAGAAAACUAAUUUUUUUUAAAUACUUGAGAGACAGUGGACUAGGAAAGCAAGAACUACCGCCUUGUCCAGUGAUUGCAUUCAGUGACUCAGCAGAGGGCCCACCCCACGAGUCUUAGGGGACUGAGUGGGCUGUGCUGUAACCAGUUGGAGCCAGGUGGGAGGGGCCUUUGUGUUGCCAGCAGGGCCCCAAAGAAUCGAGAUUGUGAACGCAACCUUGCUGUCACAGAGGCCACUAUUAAUGAGGACAGUGCCUGAUGCCUUUUGUACUGAGGAAGAUAAUUGCCUCUUGUUCGACAAGUAGAGUUUAGUAGGUUAUUACAAAAAGGGCAGGAGUUGUUUUGGUUUUGUUUCUUUCAAAAGAAUUUUUUUUCCCAAAAGAAUAAUGCGGGUUAGACAAACGGGGGAUCCUCCCACGUGCUCCUGGGGCCUGCUCAGUAUCUGGAAAUUUGGGUGCGCGAUUUUCCCCUAACGCAUUGCAUAACCAAUGUAAAAAGACUCCGCCUCCCCCUUUUGGCUAAUUACUUGGCUUGGCUGGCCUUGCAAUUCACCAGAUUCAUUUACAGACUCUGCUCUAUGUCGUGCUCUAUCUGUCUGUCUGCACUUGUUUUGGUGACUAUCUUGCCUUAUCCACUUUGCUUUAGGGCAACUCAUGAUGAUUUCUUCUAAAAUUUGUUUUUAAAUUGUUUGUACUACUGAGCCCACAACUUUCAGAGGACAUCUUAUCCCCCCUUCCUUUCUUAUAUCGCUUUGUCCAUACUUCCUGCCUUCUUCCGGUGUCCAGUGGGCACAGACUUCACAGGGAGUGACCUACUGUCUUCAGUUAUUUGAGUGAAUGGAAACCAUCACUGGCUGCACUUAUUUUUCCAAGAGGGACAUUUGGGACGUCACUGUUGUGACCAUUUCAAUAUUGAUAAGAAGAUGAAUUUGCUGUAGUGUUAGCUCCCCACCCCCAUUUGAUGGUUCUUGACUUUGUAAAAAUUUAAAGAAAUGAAUGUCUAUACUUUUUAAAGAAAAAUGAAAAUACCAUGUCACGAAAAAGAUGAAACUAUUAGAUGCUGUUUAGAAAGCAUUUAUCUUGCAUUUCUUUAUUCUUUCUAAUUACCUAAAAUUCAAUAAAAGUUUAUUCAUAUAAA